AUAUUGCAAAUGGCUCCAGUUCAGGAGGAUACCGCCCCCCUCCCAGAACAAAAGAAGUGAUCAUCAAUGGCCAGACAGUGAAACUAAAAUACUGUUUUACUUGCAAGAUUUUUCGCCCACCUCGUGCCUCACAUUGCAGCCUUUGUGAUAACUGCGUAGAACGGUUUGAUCACCACUGUCCCUGGGUAGGCAACUGUGUGGGGAAAAGAAACUACAGAUUUUUUUAUAUGUUUAUUUUAUCUCUGUCCUUUCUGACAGUCUUUAUAUUUGCAUUCGUUAUCACCCACGUCAUCCUUCGUUCUCAACAAACAGGGUUCCUCAAUGCCCUGAAGGACAGUCCUGCAAGAUAUCCUUUUGCUGAAAUAAAUU